AUGCCUCAAACGACAUUUGUCAGAUUGAUAUGUGUGGAGUUGAAGGAAGUCAUUGUCAAUCAUCCUGGAAAGAAGGAUGGUGAUGUCUGUGCCGACGACAGAGAGUGCAAGUCCGGAAUGCUUUGUGUCAACAGUGAGAACAACAGAAAGUGCAGAAAUGCAAAGUUCCUAAUGAAUGGCCAGAAGUGUAGAUUCAACUAUGAAUGUGUUGGAUCGUUGGUCUGUGAGGAUGUAUGUGUGCUCAAUGAUAAGAAGUGUAAUGUCCACCAGGACUGCCCCGUGAGCCAGUAUUGUAAGGAGAAUGUCUGUAUUGAGAAGUUGGGCAAGGACGACGCUUGUACCUUCCCAGAGGAUCUCUGCAAUCACCCAUACAUCUGUUCGGCCCAGGACUCCUCGACAUUGAUUGGCAAGUGUACCGAGAUGUUUGCCAAGGAGGCCGGUGACCUGUGUUUCUCCCAGUUUGGCGAGUGUAACAUGACCAAGGGAUACGUGUGCCCCGCCACCAACGGUCUGGUCAGCUCCUGUCUGCCCACCUCGUACACAGCCAAGCAGUGCUCAGGCGAGUCGUGUGAUCAGCUGUGGGGCUCGUGUGAGUGUCGCAUCGAUCAGUCCAACUCGACAUGCCAGCCCAGAUACAACCAGAACUAUCAGUGCCAGGACCUCUACGUGUCGUACCGCAAGUGUAUGACCGAGAACAACUGUGUCACUUCGUACGAGGACGACGUCACACUCAGAGGCGACGGCCAUCAGACCAAUCCCAAGUCAUGUGGCGUCCAGAAGUGUGCCCAAGAGAUGUCAUGCUACUACGCCAGCUGUCUGAGAAUGGAGUUCAAGUGUGGUCUGCCAUCGUGGUUGCCCGCCUGUCCAACCAACCUCACCACACCAAAGAUCAUCGCCGGUCCAACAGUGAUCCACACACCAAAGCCAGUGCCAACUGAGACACCAACAGUCAAUGUCACCGAAACUCCAACUCCAAAGAAUGAGACAUACGCUGCACCAGCCGACGAGUCAAUGGAUCAUGGCAAGAACACUGGUUUCUCCUUGGCUCCAUUCUCUGCUGCUGUUGUCGUCGUUGUCGCAUGCACACUAGCAAUCAGCACGGCAGUGUUCUAA